UUCACCUAGUCAUGCAUAGACAUGUGUCAGCACGUGCAAAUGUUUGGCCAUUUUUUGAAAAGUGAACGAAAAUUCCAUUAAACAUAAAACCAAAAAAUGGAGGUGGAAGCAGCCCAGGCGGGCUGCUUGGAGGACUAUCUGAAACAGACUGGAUGGGGUGUUUACCACAACUUCAUCUUGAGUGUUACCUGCGCUUGCCUCAUGGUCCACGCCCUCACUUUCAUAUCAAUUAUUUACGCUGUCGCUUUAUCUAGUUGUGAUGCGCUGUUCAUCCCCAGCAAGAAUGCCUUGAGGAUAUUUUCUGGAUAUUUGAUAGGAAGCGCCAGUGGAGGUCUAGUGGCGAACUCCCUAUCGGAUAGAUAUGGGCGAAGACGCUGCUUAACCUACAGCCUAAUCUGCAUGUUUUUCUCCUCAUUCACUGCGGCUUUUGGCUACAACACGUUCGUGGUGAUUGGAGCGACUUUCAUAUUGGGAGUAGGGCUGGAAACCUCUGCAGUCCAAAUCCGGCUUCUUCUAGUCGAGGUGCUUUGCAAAGAGAAAAGGGGCUUCUGGAUGGCUUUCUGCAACGUUUCCUGGACCUUCGGAUAUUCGCUAAUCACAUUUUUAGUGAUUUUAGUGGAAACUCCAGCUAUUUUCAACUCCACCGAAGAAGGCACGAAACUGGCUUCGUGGCGGCUGAUGUUUGCAGUUAGUGGAGGCGCCAGCCUGAUAAUGGCAUGUGUUUGUGCCCUUUUGGAGGAAAGUCCUCGAUUCUACCUAAAAAUUGGACGAAACUACCUGGCUUAUAUUCUUCUCAAGCAGGUUUACGCCAUAAAUAAAUCCAGCUUUGCUGAUACCUUUCAGGUGCGAGAAGAGGAAUUGAGCAAUUUGAUCCAACCGUAUGGCUUGAACUACUCAGAACCACUGUCUUAUUGGAGCAUAGUAAAGCGGAAUUGUUGGCGGGUUUGGAAAAGCGUCCAACUGAUGUUCUCUAAGCGAUUUUGCAGGAUUUCUUGGGCGCUGAUGUUGCUCAAAGCGCCCGUUUUAAUAGUCGGAUUUUUUCAGAUUAAUCUGGUAUUUGCCAGGUUGUUGAUGCUAGAUGAUGCCUCAACUGAGCGGUUCGAGGGCUUGGACUUUAUUUACCCUAUUUUUCAAACUUCGGAGGCAAAAAGAGGUUUAAACUCAACCAGUGGCAUGUGCGCUAAUACCAACAAUAAUCAGGUGUUUUACUCAAACUUCUUGGUUUUGACCUGGUCGAGUUUGCCUGGAGAAAUUCUCUGCAUGCUUUUCGUGGAUAAACUGGGAAGGAAAUUUGUUUCAUUUGCAGGUUUCCUGCUGGCAAGUUCCUCCUGUUUGUUAAUGGGGUUUAUGGAAAACCAGUGGGUUCGAAUGACUGCUGCCUGCUUCGGCAUGUCUUCCUUAGCUGCAGCUUUAGCAACAAUCACCUUGGUUAAUAUGGAGGUGUUUCCGACAGCUAUUAGAGGAACUUCCAAUGGAAUUACGAGCUUUCCUGGAUACGUUUUGGGAGUGUUUUUUCUGAACUUGAUUGCAAUCCAACCUCGGCUAUUUAUUAUUGUUAUGGGCAUAUCAUACUUUUGUCUUUCAAUUUUUACGUGUUUCCUGCCAGAAUUCAAAGAACAACCAAUGACGGAAUAGUGGGACUGUAAUUAAAAUUUAAGAGUGUAUAGAAUUAACAAAAUCUCGAUUAA